GAACAAUAGUAAGAGAGUUAAAUAUUAUCCGCGCACGUGUUGUGUCAGUUGAAACUGUUAGAUUGUGUGAGAAAAUGUCAGAUCGCGCGAAGCAGACGGUUGAGUGACAACCAUCAGUGAGAUGUCGGCGACAGUUCUUCACUUUGGAGACAUCGUGUCUCUGUAUGCAGAGGGGGGUGUCAGUGGAUUUAUCUCGACCCUAGGGUUGGUUGAUGACAGAUGUGUUGUGCAGCCUGAUGCUGGGGACCUCAAUAAUCCACCCAAGAAAUUCAGAGACUGCCUAUUCAAGAUCUGUCCAAAUAACCGCUACUCGGCACAGAAACAGUUCUGGCAGGCUCAGCGCUCAGGAACAAACUCGACCACUUCAUGCUCGGACACUGUCCUGCUGAAAAAACUCCAUAGUGCAGCAGAAUUGGAAAAGAAACAGAAUGAAACAGAGUACAAAAAACAGCUGGGGAACACAGUACAGUAUGGAAAUGUCAUCCAGUUACUACAUCUUAAGAGUAACAAAUACCUGACCGUUAACAAACGACUCCCAGCCCUGCUGGAGAAGAACGCCAUGAGGGUGACUCUGGACAUCCAAGGGAACGAGGGAUCCUGGUUCUACAUAGAGCCCUUCUAUAAACUCAGGCAGUCAGGGGACGCGGUGGUGGUCGGAGAUAAGGUGGUUCUGAAGCCGGUGAAUGCAGCCCAGCCCCUCCACGCCAGCAACUAUGACCUCCCAGACAAACAGGGCUGUAAGGAGGUAAAUUCUGUGAAUUGUUCUACCUGCUGGAAGAUGACUCUCUUUAUGGACUUCAAGGAAAACAUGGAGGAUGUUCUCAAAGGGGGAGAUGUAGUGAGGCUGUUCCAUGCCGAGGAGCAGAUGUUUCUGACGGGGGAUGAAUACAAGAAACAGCAGUAUGUUUUCUUAAGGGCCACCGCCAGAACCACGGCUACCACCGCCACCAGCUCCAAGGCUCUCUGGGAAGUAGAGGUGGUGCAGCAUGAUCCGUGUCGUGGAGGAGCAGGGCAGUGGAUGAGCUUGUUUAGGUUCAAACAUCUGGCCACGGGACAAUACCUAGCAGCAGAGGUGGACAAGGACCCUACGAGUGACCCAAUGAGGAAUAAGUUACGAGGGCCCCCUACGAAUUCCGUCUUCACCCUGGUGUCUGUUCCCCAUGGUCAUGAUGUGGCUACAAUAUUUGAACUGGAUCCUACAUCACUUACAAGAGACACUUAUGUACCAAGGAAUUCCUAUGUCCGUCUACAUCAUCUGUGUACUAACACUUGGGUCCACUCUACAAGUAUAGCUAUAGAUAAAGAGGAGGAUAAACCAAUCAGAAAGAAGGUGGGGUGUGCCUCCAUUAAGGAGGACAGGGAAGCCUUUGCUGUGGUACCAGUUUCCCCACAGGAAGUCAGAGAUUUGGACUUUGCUAACGAUGCCAGUAAAGUUCUUUCAGACAUCGCAAGCAAACUGGAGAAAGCUUCCAUCACCCAGAAUGAAAAGAAGUUCGUGACUCAGCUCUUGUCUGAUCUGAUCUACUUUGUGACGAUGCAGGAGUCACACAAUUCCACAGGGGACCCGCUGAAGGUGGAGAUGACAAAAUCCAAAGACUGUAGGGAAAGACAGAAACUGCUCCGAGAACAGAACAUCCUCAAACAAGUGUUUCAGAUUCUGAAGGCUCCGUUUGGUGGUAAGAAUCCCAUUGUAGAGAUGGAAGAGUUGGCACACCAAAGACAUCAACCAUUUAGACAAAUCUGUAAACUGUGUUACCACAUUCUAAGGCUGUCACAGCAAGAUUACAGGAAAAACCAGGAGUAUAUUGCCAAACAUUUUGCCUUCAUGCAGAAACAGAUAGGUUAUGACGUGUUGGCAGAGGAGACGAUUACGGCCCUGUUAAAUAACAACAGGAAGUUGCUGGAAGCCCAUAUCACCAAACAGGAAAUAGAGACGUUUGUUAGUCUCGUCCGCAAGAACAAAAAACCUAGAUUUUUAGAUUAUCUCUAUGUGCUGUGUGUCUCUAACAAUGUGGCCAUCCCAGCUACACAAGACCUCAUCUGUAACUGUCUUCUAUUGGAGGAAAACAAGGACAUCCUCAUAGAAACAAGAUUGGAGAAGACACAGAUGGAGGUGGAGAUGGAGGUAGAGACGGCUGAUGGAAUCCCGGCCUCGGAGCCGAUCGUCACCAUUGAGGAGGAUGAGGUCGUGAUGUUAUACUGGGACUGGGGGAACGGACCUAAACAGAAGAGUAUCCAGGAACUAGCCGAGGCUCAGAGUGACCCAAAGGGGAACGAGGAUGGGGGCGACGAGGACUCAGCUGUACUGGAGUAUUACAGGCAUCAACUAGAUCUGUUUUCACACAUGUGUCUGGAUCGUCAAUACAUUGCCAUUAAUCAACUCUCCAAAGAUCUGGAAAUUGAUCUGAUUCUCAGGUGUAUGUCAGAUGAGAUACUUCCCUAUGACCUGAGAGCCUCGUUCUGUCGUCUGAUGUUACACAUGCACGUGGACCGUGACCCCCAGGAAAUUAUCAAACCUGUCAAGUACGCCAGAUUGUGGUCUGAGAUCCCAACUCAGAUCUCUAUAGAAGACUAUGAGUCCAACAUUGGUAAGGACCCAGAAAAAGAGAGAGUGAAGCCAAAGUUUGCCUCCACUAUUCUCUUUGUGGAGGACUACCUGCUAAAUGUGGUGUCGCAUGAUGGAGCAUUUGCCGACAAGAAACAAAACAAACUGACGUACGAGGUGGUUAACCUUGCCAAGCAGUUGAUUUACUUUGGUUUUUACUCGUUCAGUGACCUCCUCAGGCUGACGAAGACACUGCUAAGUAUACUGGACACCAUCCCCGAGAAAGAGAUCUCCCCCGCCGCCCGACCGGUAGUCUCUGUGGGGGACGAACCUGACAAGACCAUCAUAUCAGAGGUGAUUCCCGCCACUAAAAAGGUCGAAGAGGAAGUGGAUACAAUCGUCAUGGAUACCAAACUUAAAAUUAUAGAAAUCCUUAAGUACUUAAUGCAGGUGCGUUUGGACUACCGCCUCACAUGGAUUCUCUCUAUGUUUAAAUGUCAGAUCGAGCAGCAGCCAGCAGACGAAAAGUCCGACGUUAUUUGCCUAGACUUGGACAGUAUUGGACAGCAAGCAGAGGACAUCUUUGGAGGAAAUGCUGAGACCUCCAAGCUGGACCUGGACGAGCAGGGAGGGAAGAUGUUCCUGAGGGUGUUACUAAAUCUAGUGAUGCAUAACUACCCGACCCUGGUGUCAGGGGCCCUACAGCUUCUGUUCAGACACUUCAGUCAGAGGCAGGAGGUUCUCAUGGCAUUCAAACAGGUUCAGCUGUUGGUGACGGCCAGUGAUGUGGAGAACUACAAACAGAUAAAGACUGAUCUAGAUGAACUCCGAAAUCUUGUUGAGAAAUCGGAACUGUGGGUCUACAAGGUCAAACAUGACGACAGCAAGAAAAAACACAAAAAUAAUGGGGAAGAUAAGGAGAACAAAGAAGAAAAGGGUGAAGGAGAAGGAAAGAAGAAAUCCAAACAUCAGCUGUCCAUGUGGAACCUGUCCGGAGAGCGGGGGUCAGCUAUUGACCUAGAUUUAGGACCACCAAUAGAUCCUACAUCAGCAGAAAACUAUAAAAAAAUCAAACAGAUCUUGUUGAGGCUGACUAAACUGUGUAUCCAGGACACAGCAGAGCCUGGUGUUAAGAAACCGCGGAAACAUGAACAAAGACUACUGAGGAACAUGAGCGCUCCUAAUGUUGUUCUGGAAUUACUGCAGAUUUCUUAUGAAACAACUGAGGAUGUGAGAAUGCAUGAAGUGAUGAAGUAUGCUCACGAGUUCCUGCAGAGUUUCUGUCUGGCUAAUCCUCCAAACCAGGCUCUACUGCACCAGUAUCUAGAACUCUUCCUCACCCCAGGGCUGUUGGAUGCUGAGACGAUGACGGCUAUUUUCCACGACAACAAGAGCCUGUGUAACGAGGUUACAGAGCGUGUCAUUCAGCACUUUGUCCACUGUAUAGAGACUCAGGGCCGACACGUGCCCUACCUAAAGUUCCUACAGACAGUUGUAAAGGCAGAAGGAGAGUACAUCAAAAAGACCCAGGAUAUGGUGAUGGCUGAGUUGGUGAAUGUCGGUGAGGAGGUCCUCCUAUUCUACAAUGAUAAGACUUCCUUUGAGACCUUUGAGAAGUUGAUGCGAUCUGAGCACGACCUUUGUGAUCCUGCCAGCCCUCUCAUCUACCACAUUAACCUGGUUCAGCUAUUAGCCCUGUGUACAGAGGGAAAAAAUGUGUAUACCGAGAUCAAGUGUCACUCUCUACUCCCAUUGGAUGAUAUUGUUAGAGUGGUCACUCAUAAGGACUGUAUUCCAGAGGUGAAGACAGCAUACAUAAACUUCCUGAACCACUGUUAUAUUGACACGGAGGUAGAAGUGAAGGAAAUCUACACCAGUACUCACAUGUGGACACUGUUCCAGGACUUCCUGGAUGACAUGGGCAGGGUUUCAACAGCAACCACGGACAGGAAACACGCAGACCUUGCCCUGGAGAAUUACGUGACGGUCACCAUAAUGAAUGUAAUAGACACAUUCUUCAGCUCACCCUUCUCCGAUCAGACAACGACAUUACAAUCGAGGCAACCUGUGUUUGUAAAGCUGUUACAGGGAGCGUUUCGAGUGUCCGACUGUCCGUGGUUGACCGGCACUCAGAAGUACCACGUGGAGACCUGCAUUAAGUGCCUAGCUGACAUCGCUAAAAACCGAGGAAUAGCCAUUCCUGUAGACCUGGACAGUCAAGUCAAUCAAAUGUUUGAGAAAUCCAACAAUGUGAUGAACAAAGCGAAACUAUGGAUCAAUUCAAAACUCAACAAACGCGAGUCUAUAGCCUCAGUGUCCAGGGACUAUCGCAAUAUAAUUGAGGGUCUACAGGACAUUGUUGUACUGUUGGAGAAGCAGUUACGUCCCCUGGUUCAGGCUGAGUUAUCUGUCCUUGUAGAUGUGUUACAUUGUCCGGAGGCUCUGUUUCCUGCUGGCACUAAGUGUGAGAUUGGAGGCUUCAUAUCAAGACUAAUUCGGCACACCAAGUGUCUGUUGGAGGAGAAAGAGGAGAGUUUAUGUAUCAAGGUCCUGCAGACUCUUCGUGAAAUGAUGACCGUAGACAACGAAUACGGAGAAAAGCUGGAUAACAAGACAAAAAAGGAAUUAGACGAUCAUCGCAGGGGAGAGGCCUUGAGACAAAGCCUUUUGGCCCAGUACUACGAGAAGGUCCCCCUCCGAGGUCGAGAUGGGGUUGGGGGUAGAGGAGGGGGAGAUGGAGGGUCCAGGAAUAUGGCCUUAGGGAGGGAAAGAAAGUCCCUCACAGAAGUUCAGUGUGGGCUAGAGAAAGAGGGAGCAGUGGACCUGAUAGUGGAUCUGAUCAUCAGAGAAACAAAUAACACCAACAACAAAGUAUUCCAGGAGACCGUUAAACUGGGGAUAGCCCUACUGGAGGGGGGCAACACAGAUAUACAGAAAUCCAUCUACAGAAGAUUAACCAAAGAUAAGAACUCAGAAACUUUCCUGAGAGUGUUCUAUAACAGAAUGGUGAAGGCUCGGGAGGAAAUCAAAGGCAUCACUGUCAACACAGUGGAGAGUGAGAAGAAUACAGAUGAACAGAAGGAAAACAAAGAGGCAGCCAUUCAGCGGAGGAACAGAGGGGGUUUAAGGCGAUUGGAUGGUGAAGAUGAGCAUGGGGGUCUGCUUCGACUUCGUCGUGCAGCCCGUCAGGGUGAGGAGCAGGAAGAGGGGCGUGGGCCUCACCCUGGGAGUGAGGAAGCUGCUCUAGAGAAAGCCAAUAAAGAGAAGGAGGAAAAGAAACUGCCCCCUAAUGUGGCUCUGAUGAAGUACAUUCUACGUUUCCUGCAGCUUCUGUGUGAGAACCACAACUCUGAUUUACAGAAUUUUUUGAGACACCAAGCAAACCAUGCUAAACCCUACAAUUUGAUUUGUGAGACGCUGCAGUUUCUGGACUCGAUCUGUGGCAGUACGACAGGCGGACUGGGACUGCUGGGACUGUACAUCAACGAACACAAUGUAGACCUCAUCAUACAGGCUCUUACUAGUCUGACAGAGUACUGUCAGGGACCCUGUCACGAAAACCAGAAUGCCAUAGCUAUGCAUGAGAGUAACGGAAUAGACAUCAUUAUAGCGCUGCUGUUGAAUGAAAUCAACCCUCUGGGAAAAAACAAACUGGCUCUAGUACUGGAGCUCAAGAAUAACGCCUCCAAGUGUCUAUUGGCUAUUAUGGAGAGUCGACAUGACAGUGAGAAUGCUGAGAGAAUUUUAUACAACAUGAAUCCAAAACAACUGGUGGAGUCAUUAGGUGUGGUCUUUAAGCUGGCUACACAGGAUGGAUCAGUUGUCUCCAAGGUUGACAUCGCCAAGAAUGCGUUCCACCAGGAAGCAUCGAUUGAUGAUGAUGAUGAAGAAGAGGGAAAAGAGGCGUCGCCCAAAGACGUGGGCCACAAUAUCUAUAUCCUGGCCACACAGUUGUCCUUACACAGUGAGAGGUUGGCCCAUCUGUUGAAGCCUAGUGGUGACUUAUGGGGAGACCAGGCUUUGGAGUUCUAUGAGAAACACACAGCUCAGAUAGAGAUUGUGAGACAGGACAGAUCUAUGGAGAGAAUCGUGUUUCCGAUUCCCGAGAUCUGUGAGUAUCUCACGGAGGAGACAAAGACUCGUAUUUACUACACCACCGAGCGAGACGAGCAGGGCAGUAAAGUGGCCGACUUCUUUGAGAAAGUGGAGGAUAUGUUUGCUGAGAUGAGGUGGCAGAAAAAACUGAGGGCUAACCCCUACCUGUCGUGGUUCAGUAGUCACAUGUCGUUAUGGAGCAGCAUCACCUUCCAGUUUGCUGUGCUCCUCAACUUCUUAGUGGCGUUCUUCUACCCAUUUACAGAGGUCAAGAAAGAACUGGACCCUAAGCUUUCUGGUUUGAUCUGGACAGCCAUGUUUGGUUCCCUGGCUCUGGUGACUAUGGUGGGGGUCAAUCCAGCAGCAAUUAGGACAUUUUUUAUUUCCACAAUUUUCCGGUUUAUUUUCUCUGUGGGGCUGGACACUACACUGUGGUUAUUAGGCGCUAUUAAUGUGAUAAACAAAGGUAUAUUUUUGAUAAGUAUGAUGGGAAAUCAAGGGACGUUCACAAAGCUCCCCCGACAGGUGCUAACAGACUUCAGAUUCAUGUACCACAUCAUCUAUUUAGUGUUUUGUAUCUUAGGACUGUGUGUUCACGAAUUCUUCUAUAGUAUAUUGUUACUGGAUGUGAUCAACAGAGAGGAGACAUUAUGGAAUGUGAUUAAAUCAGUGACUAAGAAUGGCCGCUCUAUCAUCCUGACAGCAGUACUGGCAGUCAUCAUUAUCUAUUUGUUCUCCAUCAUUGGCUACAUUUGUUUCCAGGACGACUUCCUGUUGGAGGUCGACCCCAUACCACAACUGAUAGGGGAAGCAGUGAAUGAUACAGAUAAUGGUACAUGUGAGAGUCAGAACUGUAGUGCUGUAACAGAAGGUGUCAGAUCAACCCAGGAUGUGUCAGCUGACACAACAGAGGAUGGUAAACAGAGGGUUUGUGACUCCCUGAUUAUGUGUAUCCUGACCUCCCUCAACCAUGGCCUCAGGAACGGCGGGGGGAUCGGUGACCUGCUCAGAAAACCAGACAUCAGGGAGAACCUGUUUGUGGCCCGAGUCGUGUAUGAUCUUCUCUUCUUCUUCAUCGUUAUCAUUAUCGUCCUUAACCUCAUUUUUGGUGUCAUCAUCGACACGUUUGCUGAUCUCAGGAGUGAAAAGCAGCAAAAAGAUGAAAUUCUCAAAAAUACUUGUUUUGUUUGUGGACUAAAUCGAAGUAAUUUUGACAAUAAAUCGGUUUCUUUUGAUGAACACAAAUCAAAGGAACACAAUAUGUGGCAUUACCUAAACUUUAUUGUCCUUGUCAAGGUCAAGGAUCAUACAGAAUUUACUGGACCAGAGAGCUACGUGUACCAGAUGGUCAAGGAGAAAAAUUUGGACUGGUUCCCCAGAAUGCGAGCGAUGUCUCUGACGGCGGAAGACAGCGAGGGAGAACAAAGUGAUUACCGAAAUCUACAGGCUCAGCUCGACGCUACAAAUCGACUGGUCAAGAACCUGUCUAAACAGCUCACCGACUUAAAGGAACAGAUGACAGAACAGAUUAAACAGAAGAAAAGAACAAAGUUUUUGACAUCUGCUACAUUGAACAUGUAGAACUUGACUCAUGGUGCUUUUGAAUUGAUUUCACAACUGCCACAUCGAACAUAGAGAACUUGCCACUCGGUGCUUUGAGUAGCAACUCUUAAGCAUAUCAAGAGAUCUGAAUUCAGAAACCACCACCAUUAUAGACCCUUGUCAUUUCAUGUUAGAUGUAACCAUUUCAUUCGUGAAUUUAGUGAACAUUUUGUAAUUGUAAAUUGGUAAUAUUUGUUAUAUUUAUAAUCAAACAGAGACUUUCACUUUGUUUUAACAUUGUUAAAAUUUUUCAGAUUAAGAAGAAGUGAUUACAUUGUAUAUCGUGUGAUGAAAUAUUUUUUGGAUAUUUACAAUGAAAGCUUGACCAUGUUGACUGUAGUAAUGAAUUCUUAGAUUUAUUGAAAUUUGCCAAAAAAUGCAUGUAGUGCAAUGAAACAGAGAAAUGGCAGCUUUUUGACAGCAGCAUGCAGGCCUUUUAUAUUUACUAACUAGGUAAUUCUUCUAAGAAAACCAGCAACUUAUGAAUAAUAAUUCAAAGUGUAGCAUAUAUUUUAGAUCUCUCUUUAAUUUUACAGUGUAAAGUACGUUGGGUAUUUUAAAAACUCAUAAAAAUGUCCUUUUGUCCAUUCCAUUAACAGAUUCUUUUUAUUGUAAGGCAUAUAACACAUACUAUUAGACUAAUUUGAUAUGCAUUAAAAAUCAUCACAAAUCUAAUGCUGGUAGACAUGCAUGUUAUCAAUGAUCAUAAUUUGAGGUAACGUGUACAGCAUUGUUAUAGAAAUCUUUGUUCCUGACAAAUUCCUUAGAUCACCUCUCAGAUAUUUAUUUAUAUGCAAUAGGAUGUAAGAAAUAUAGGGACCUGGUCAGAUCCAGAUCUAAAGCCAUUAAUUAUCAAUAAUUAUCAAUGAUAUUUGCAUGAUUUAGUUAACAUACACAUAAAACCUUUAUGUUCGCCAAAAGUUUGCUCUCAAUGAAUUUUCCUUUAAAUCCUAUAAAUGCUGACAUACGCAUAUUUCUAAUGCCAGUUACAUAAAGAGUAGAAACAGAAUUUUACUUAGUUUAUAAGACUCUUGUAUAAGAAUGAAAGUCACUUAACAUAAUUAGACAUAUAGUGUGUUUCUUGUAUAAUUAAGAAUUAUACAUUUAUGUGACACUUACACAAGUUAUUCUUUCUAUAUAAUAUAUACAUGUAGAAUUAAAACAUAGGCUAAGCUGCCGUGGUUCUAUUUAGUAUUCCAAUGUUUAAUAAGGCAUUUAUGUACAUGUACUUAUUUGUAAUUUCUGAUGAAUUAUAUAAACAUUUUUGUGUGCCUACAUUUGAUUUUGUUAACAAAUGAAAUAGACUUUCCUUAACACAGUGUGUAAGGCAAAUGAAGUGCUUAAGAAACAAACUGUAAGUAAUCUGUGAUAGCUGAGGUUAUAAGAAUAUAAGUCUAUAUACAUUUAUAUUUAAAUAUUUAUGACUAUUAUAUAAUGAAGUCUGUGUACAUUUCUGUAUUGUCAUGUGAUUAAGGAUUUUUUUCAAAGAUUUAUUGUAACUGUUAAUCUAUGAGUUAAAAAGGAUUUUGUUGUAAUUUUGUUCUGAAGAAUGUUUUGUAAUUAACUUAAUACAAAUUUAAGAGUUUUAAAUUAUGUUUGUCCUAAAAAAAAAAAUAUCCACAUAUUUCUUUUAAAUUAGUAUGAUGGAACUUAGAACUUCAUGCAUUUAGGUGUUUCUUCUGAUGAAGAUAAACAAAGAAAUGGCAUUUCAUGUACAGAACGUAUUUUGAUUUGAAUACGGUAUGUGUACUUAAAAAAGCGGGCUUCAUAUUUUAGCGGCUUUGAUGCAGAGAACAAUGCUGUAAUUCAUGAAUCCGCUAAGAAAUCAUGUAUAAAUACAAUAUACAGCACGGAUGUGUAUAAUGCUAAUUCAUGAUUUCUCCAACAACUCCAUACCCAGUGAUUGCGCUAAAUUUUGAAUAUGCCAGUUUAUGUACACAUACAGUAACUGAUUUAACCAAUUUAAAUGCAGAACUUGAUAUUAUUUGAUGUUAAUACUUUCAGUGUAUGAUUCUAGAUUGUUUAGAAUUCAAAAAGUAUUUUUGCCUUAUAAUUUGGAUUUCAAAAACAGGCACUUGCUAUUUGGCUUUUAAAAUUGAUUGGAUUAGAUAUAAUAAUUGAACAUUUAUGUUAAUAUGUUAAUUUACAUAGUAAUUUCUCCUCUGUUUCAUAUUUCCUGCCCCCCCCCCCCCCCCCCCCCAACUAUAAAUGUGAGUGUAUUGUUAGAUCUGGUUGAAGUAUCUCAAAUGUCAUGGUUUUCGUUUUGUCAGAAAACACCAUUAAAUGCAUUUCCACCUUU